AUGGUGUUGCCAGAUGAUGACACAGUUCAUCAGCAACAGAAAGAGAUGGCAUCAACACAGCCACUUGGACAAGAAGUGGUGACAACACAGGAUGACAGCCCACCAUUUCUAACACACGAGAAUUCAGAUAUCCAGCUGUCAUUUGAUAAAGUUGAUAGAACAGGAGGUGCACUAUGGAAGGUGAAGGAUGUCUGUGACAUAGAGGGAUUGCUAUGUCACCACAUGACAGAAAAGUUACAUAGGCUGAAGCCAAAAUCCAGCAAUGAUACAAAUGCUAUCUAUUGUCAAUGCCCCAGUGGAUGUGAAGAGAUUCAAAUAGAUGAGACAUACAAUAGUGAAGUACUCAGGAAAGACUUGGGAGACAUAGCCAUAUUAGACAUUUCCUUGGAAAGAUCUUCAUCUCUUCGUUACCGGAGAGUUGUAGUCCGCGGGAGUUUGGACAUGGUUGUGAUGCCUAGGCAUGAAAAAAAGACUUGUUAUGAUGGAUGGGAGAUGUAA